AAUUUGGUUUUGAUGACAGAAACGAUUAAAUUCUGCUGUUUCUGUGUUUCAUAUUCCCCAAACUGAGAGAAACUAGACGGAAGAUGUGGUUUUUUAGCAAGAAUGGACCGUCUGGUUUCUCAGCUUCUUCUACAGCAGAAGAAGUUACUCAAGGAACAGAUGGGACUGGUCUCACUGCCAUUGUUACAGGUAAUCUUCUCAUCUCACCCAAAAAGUGAGGAACUUGGAUGGAUUUUCCCCAUCUUUUGCCUAACUGGGUUCGAGUAUUUUGUUUUUAUCUGUUGGAUUGGGUGGUUGGAGAUGAUGAACAAAUGCCAUAUUUCAUCUGGGUAUGUCUGAAAUGGGAGUUCCGUUUAAUGUUAGUUGUUCAUAAUUUGGAAAGGUAUAGGUAAUCCAAUUCAGGUGCUGGAGAUUAGUAUUACUGUGUUUUGCAAAAUCUGGAAUAGGGGAUGGACAUUCAGUGUUUGUGAAUAUUCCUCAAUGAACAUGUUGCCCGUUGAGGAAUGUAUCUGAAACAGAAGAGCCGUGGAGUUGUUGUUGAUUUUCAACAAGGGGAGCAUCCAGUGGUAUUGGCACUGAAACUGCACGGGUUCUUGCAUUGCGGGGUGUCCAUGUAGUUAUGGGGGUCAGAAAUAUGGCUACCGGAAGGGAAGUCAAAGAAGCAAUAAUCAAAGAAAUCCCCACUGCAAAAGUUGAUGCAAUGGAGUUGAAUCUAAGUUCAAUGGCAUCAGUGAGGAAAUUUGCUGAGGAGUUUAAAUCCUCUGGUCUUCCUCUGAACCUCCUCAUGUAAGGCAACUCGAAACAACAGGAUAAGUGCCAACAGUUCCAUGUUUUGUGAACUUUGCAUCCCUCUUCUUCUUAAUGGUAUCUUUAGCUUCUUGAGAAGAGUUGCUAAUGUUUUUACCUUUGAUAUAUACCCCAAGUAACAAUGCAGGAAUUAUGGCUACACCAUUCUUGCUUUCUGAAGACAGUAUUGAAUUGCAAUUUGCAACAAACCACAUGGGUCAUUUUCUUUUAACAAAUGAGUUGUUGGAAAUGAUGAAGAAAACGGCACUUUUAAGUAAGAAAGAAGGAAGGAUUGUGAAUGUUUCUUCACGCCGUCACAAGUUCUCAUAUCCAGAAGGGAUUCGUUUUGACAAAAUCAACGAACAAUCAGGGUACAACAGACUAUCUGCAUACGGUCAGUCAAAGCUUGCUAAUGUCUUGCAUGCUAAAGAACUUGCAAAACGUCUCAAGGAAGAUGGAGUGGAGAUAACUGCAAAUUCAGUCCACCCGGGUGCAGUUGCAACCAAUCUUUUUCGUAAUUUUGGCUUGGCAAAUGGUCUUGUUAGUCUUUUUGGCAAAUUUGUGAUAAAAACUAUGGAGCAGGGGGCGGCAACUACAUGCUAUGUGGCACUGCACCCACAAGUUAAAGGAAAGAGUGGCCUCUACUUUGCAGAUUGCAACGUUGUUGAAGUAAGUGAACAAGCUAAUGACACUAACUUGGCGAAGAAACUCUGGGAUUUCAGCUUGAGUUUGGUCAGCAAACGUCCUAACACUCCAUAGACUUCAUCCUCUUCUAUUUCGUACUGUAAAUCGCCUUUUUCUGUUUACAGACAUUCAUGGACGUAAAACAAUCUCUGUAGAUGCCGCAUUGUGUUAGUGCAGUUUAUUUUCUCAAGUCGACUUCACCCCUCCUUCCCUGUCUAUACUUCCUAUUUUCUAAAGAAAGUCUUCAACAGUGAAUCAUUCCUGGUCUGCUACGUCUCCUUAACAUCUAAUCCA